CUGCAACUCUUAAACCGCUCCUCUUCCUGGAAUGAAGCACAGCAUCAUAUCCUCCACCCAGACUUUAUUUACUGGCUAAGUGAGGCUCCUCCUGCUCAAAGACUAUUCAGCUCAGGUAUUUGUCAUUCCCUCCCCUUUCACAGAUCAGCAGGUUUACUGAUGUAAACACCAUGUGAUUUAUCUGGAAGCAGAGAGUGAAACUUACUUACGUUCACUGUCGUGGAGAGGAGAAAUGGCGCAGCAACUGAUUAAGCUGGAUCGAGAAAAACUAUGCUGUUCAAUCUGUCUGGAUCUUCUAAAGGAUCCGGUGACUAUUCCCUGUGGGCACAGCUACUGCAUGGGCUGUAUUAAAGACUGCUGGGGUGAGGAGCAUGAGGAGAAAACACACAGCUGUCCUCAGUGCAGGCAGAGCUUCACAACAAGGCCUGUCCUGGUGAAAAGUACCAUGUUGGCAGAGUUGGUGAAGGAACUGAAGAAAGUAGGACCUCAAGCUGCUUUACCUGGAGACGUGGCCUGUGAUUUCUGCUCUGGGAUGAAAGUGAAAGCCUUCAAGUCCUGUCUGGUGUGUAUGGCCUCUUACUGCGAGCAACACCUCCAGCCUCACUACAGCGUAGCUCCAUUAAAGAAACACAAGCUGGUUGAAGCCACUUUGAAGCUUCAGGAGAACAUCUGCUCUCGCCACGACGAGGUGAUGAAGAUUUUCUGCCGCACUGAUCAGAAGUGCAUCUGUUAUCUCUGCUCCAUGGAUGAUCAUAAAGGCCACGAUACAGUCUCCGCUGCAGCAGAGAGAGCUGAGAGGCAGAAGGAGCUCGGGGUGAGUCGGCAAAAAGUCCAACAGAGAGUCCAGGACAGAGAGAAAGAUGUCAAGGUGCUUCAGCAGAGGGUGGAGGUUAUCAAUCAUUCUGCUGAUAAAGCUGUGAAGGACAGUGAGAAGAUCUUCACUGAUUUGAUCUGUCUCAUUAAGAAAAGAAGCUCUGAAGUGAAGCAGCAGAUCAGAUCCCAGCAGACAACUGAAGUGAGUCGAGCUGAAGAGCUUGAGGAGAAGCUGCAGCAGGAGACCACUGAGCUGCGGAGGAAAGACACUGAGCUGGAGAAGCUCUCGCACACAGAGGAUCACCUCCAUUUCCUGAACAGCUACCCCUCACUGUCCCAUCUGAGUGAGUCUGAAGACUUACCCAGUAUUAAUGUCUGUCCUCUGAGCUCUUUUGAGGAUGUGACAGCGUCCAGAGAUAAACUGCAGUCUGUUCUGAGUGAUGAGUGGGCAAAGAUCUCAAUGGCAGUGACUAAAAUUGGUUUUAAACUGCUUCAGGGACAGCCCAGAACCAGAGCUGAAUUUAUGAAAUAUGCUUGUCAAAUCUCACUAGAUCCAGAUACAGCACACGUAAGUUUGUCACUGAGUAAUAGGAACAGAAAAGCAACGUUAAUGGAAGAGGAACAGUUAUAUUUGGAUCACCCAGACAGAUUUAUUGAAAGGUGGCAGGUCAUGAGUAGAGAGGGUCUGACUGGACAAUGUUACUGGGAGGUGAAGUGGAGCGGGAAAGUAUCUAUAGCAGUUGCGUACAAGGAUAUUAGCAGAAAAGGGACUGCGUAUGGAUGUGGAUUUGGAAAUAAUGACAAAUCGUGGACAUUAGAAUGUGACGGUGACGGUUAUAAAUUCAGACAUAAGAAUAUUUCUACUCACAUCUCAGGCCGUCUGUCCUCCAGAAUAGGAGUUUACCUGGAUCACAGGGCAGGUACUCUAUCUUACUACAGCGUCUCUGAAACCAUGACUCUCCUCCACAGAGUCCAGACCACAUUCACUCAGCCUCUCUAUGCUGGAUUUUGGCUUAGACAAACUGCUGGAGACACUGCUGAGUUGUGUGAGCUCAAGUACUGUAGAGAGGAGGUUAAAAAGUGAUUCAUCUCUGUACAGUAAAUGUUGAGAUGUCUCUGCACAGCAGAGAUCAAACAUAACUGUGAUGUGUUUUCUUGGAUUUUGGUUGUUUUGUCAUAUCAAUCUAAUGAAAAUCGUUUGCUACGCAUGUUAUACUCACCAAAAAUUUUCAUUCAUUUUCAUUACCAUUUGCCAAAUGAAUGUGAAAUUAUUUUAGUUUUUACCAUAUUUUCAUGAAUGUCAUUUGCAUAAUUUAACUAUAGUUUUCUAUAAUUUCACUUUUUAGUCCUCUACAUACUGCUGUUAUAAUGUAUACGUUGCUGCUGUUGUAAAAUCACAUUACAUCUUUCUUUUUUUUAAACAGAAAUUAGGAAACAUUUAUGUUUUAUGUUCAAAACCCUACAAAUAAACAAAUAGCUGACCUGCCACCAUUGCAACAAGCAAACUUCUAUUCUU